CCCAUCACUUGCCGUCGCAGCACCGUUAGUGCGCUCGCGUACCCGCCGUCUACUAGCGCCUGAGCAGGACGCGCGCCCCGGAGCCAGGCGAACUCGGCUUGCGGCAGGCAUCCGCUAGGGGCAGCCUGCUGCGCCUCCUCUCCCGAGUAGUUCGGUUUCCCCACGUGCUUCUGCUUUGCUGCUGGCUGGAAUUCGCCGGGCUCCGGGCGCAGAUUGUCCCUCAUCUCUUUCUCGUAAGUAUCUUCUCCAAGGAGAAUGAAAGCCCCUUGAAGUCAAGCUUUAUGAGUGAUAAUCUUUGACCAUGCAUCGGAAGAAAGUUGAUAACCGAAUCCGGAUUCUCAUUGAGAAUGGGGUAGCUGAGCGUCAAAGGUCUCUCUUUGUUGUAGUCGGAGAUCGAGGAAAAGAUCAGGUGGUCAUACUCCAUCACAUGCUAUCCAAAGCAACUGUGAAGGCUCGGCCUUCAGUGUUGUGGUGUUAUAAGAAAGAGCUGGGGUUUAGCAGUCACCGGAAGAAAAGAAUGCGACAGCUACAGAAGAAAAUAAAGAACGGAACUCUGAACAUAAAGCAAGAUGACCCCUUUGAACUCUUCGUCGCAGCCACAAACAUUCGCUACUGCUACUACAAUGAGACUCACAAGAUCCUGGGCAACACCUUCGGCAUGUGUGUUCUCCAGGAUUUUGAAGCUUUAACUCCAAACUUGCUGGCCAGGACUGUAGAAACGGUGGAAGGUGGUGGGCUGGUGGUUAUCCUUCUACGGACCAUGAAUUCACUCAAGCAGUUGUACACAAUGACCAUGGACGUACAUUCAAGAUACAGGACUGAGGCCCAUCAGGAUGUGGUGGGAAGAUUUAAUGAGAGAUUUAUUCUUUCUCUGGCCUCUUGUAAGAAGUGUCUCGUCAUCGAUGACCAGCUCAACAUCCUGCCCAUCUCCUCGCAUGCUGCCAGCAUUGAGGCCCUGCCCCCGCAGACCCCGGAUGAGAGUCUUGGUCCAUCUGAUCUGGAGCUGAAGGAGCUGAAGGAGAGCUUGCAGGACACCCAGCCUGUGGGCGUGCUGGUGGACUGCUGCAAGACCCUAGACCAGGCCAAAGCUGUCUUGAAAUUCAUCGAGGGGAUCUCCGAAAAGACCCUGAGGAGUACUGUUGCGCUCACAGCUGCCCGAGGAAGGGGGAAGUCUGCAGCCCUGGGAUUGGCUAUUGCUGGGGCAGUGGCUUUUGGGUACUCCAAUAUCUUUGUUACCUCCCCAAGCCCUGAUAACCUCCACACACUGUUCGAAUUUAUAUUUAAAGGAUUCGAUGCUCUGCAAUAUCAGGAGCAUCUGGAUUAUGAGAUUAUUCAGUCUCUAAAUCCUGAAUUUAACAAAGCAGUGAUCCGAGUGAAUGUAUUCCGAGAACACAGGCAGACCAUUCAGUAUAUACAUCCUGCAGAUGCUGUGAAACUGGGCCAGGCUGAACUUGUUGUGAUUGAUGAAGCUGCCGCCAUCCCCCUUCCUCUGGUGAAAAGUCUUCUGGGCCCUUACCUUGUUUUCAUGGCAUCCACCAUCAAUGGCUACGAGGGCACUGGCCGGUCACUGUCCCUCAAACUAAUUCAGCAGCUGCGUCAACAGAGUGCCCAGAGCCAGGUCAGCACCACUGCUGAGAACAAGACCACGACGACAGCCAGACUGGCUUCAGCGAGAACGCUGCAUGAGGUUUCCCUGCAGGAGUCCAUCCGAUACGCCCCUGGGGACGCGGUGGAGAAGUGGCUGAACGACUUGCUGUGCCUGGACUGCCUCAACAUUACUCGGAUAGUGUCAGGCUGCCCCUUGCCUGAAGCCUGUGAACUCUACUACGUUAACAGAGAUACCCUUUUCUGCUACCACAAGGCCUCCGAAGUUUUCCUCCAACGACUUAUGGCCCUCUACGUGGCUUCUCACUACAAGAACUCUCCCAACGACCUCCAGAUGCUCUCUGAUGCGCCUGCUCACCAUCUCUUCUGCCUCCUGCCUCCCGUGCCCCCCACCCAGAAUGCCCUUCCCGAAGUGCUUGCUGUCAUCCAGGUGUGCCUCGAGGGGGAGAUCUCUCGCCAGUCCAUCUUGAACAGCUUGUCUCGAGGCAAGAAGGCUUCAGGGGACCUGAUUCCGUGGACGGUGUCAGAACAGUUCCAAGAUCCAGAUUUCGGCGGCCUUUCAGGUGGAAGGGUCGUUCGCAUUGCUGUUCACCCGGAUUAUCAAGGGAUGGGCUAUGGCAGCCGAGCUCUGCAGCUGCUGCAGAUGUACUAUGAGGGCAGAUUCCCUUGUCUUGAAGAAAAGGUCGUUGAGACGUCACAGGAAAUUCACACGGUCAGCAGCGAGGCUGUCAGCUUGUUGGAAGAGGUUGUCUCUCCCCGAAAGGACCUGCCUCCCUUGCUCCUCAAAUUGAAUGAGAGGCCUGCUGAGCGCCUGGAUUACCUGGGUGUGUCCUAUGGCUUGACCCCCAGGCUCCUCAAAUUCUGGAAACGAGCUGGGUUCGUUCCUGUUUAUCUGAGACAGACCCCGAAUGACCUGACAGGAGAACACUCAUGCAUCAUGCUGAAAACGCUGACUGAUGAGAGCGAGGCUGACCAGGGAGCCUGGCUUGCGGCCUUUUGGAAAGAUUUCCGAAGGCGGUUCCUGGCUCUGCUGUCCUACCAGUUCAGCACAUUCUCUCCUCCCCUGGCUCUGAACAUCAUUCAGAACAGGAACGUCGGAAAGCCAGCACAACCAGCCCUACACCAGGAAGAGCUGGAAGCACUCUUUCUCCCCUAUGACCUGAAGAGGCUAGAGAUGUAUUCCCGGAACAUGGUUGAUUAUCACCUCAUCAUGGACAUGAUCCCAGCCAUCUCCCGGAUGUAUUUUCUGAACCAGCUGGGGGACCUGGCCCUGUCCGCUGCCCAGUCGGCUCUUCUCUUGGGGAUUGGCCUGCAGCAUAAGUCUGUGGACCAGCUGGAAAAGGAGAUCGAGCUGCCCUCAGGCCAGUUGAUGGGACUUUUCAACCGGAUCAUCCGCAAAGUUGUGAAGCUAUUUAACGAAGUGCAGGAAAAGGCUAUUGAGGAGCAGAUGGUGGCAGUGAAGGAUGUGGUCAUGGAGCCCACAAUGAAGACCCUGAGCGAUGACCUGGAUGAAGCAGCAAAGGAGUUCCAGGAGAAACACAAGAAAGAAGUGGGGAAGCUGAAGAACAUGGAUCUCUCUCAAUACGUAAUUCGUGGAGAUGAUGAAGAGUGGAAUGAGGUUUUAAACAAAGCUGGGCAGAAUGCUUCGAUCGUCAGCCUGAAAAGUGACAAGAAAAGGAAAUCAGAAGCCAAACAAGAACCCAAACAGAACAAAAAGUUGAAGAAAAACAGAGAUAUGAAGAACAAAAAAGACAUGAAAAUGAAGCGGAAGAAAUAGUGAGGAGAAACUUGGGCAUCAGCGGCUGACUCGUAAGGAGGUAGCCUGACUUUCUGAGCUGCUUCUGGCUGGACUGGGCAGCGGCCUGCACUGUUGAAAGCAACAGGAGCCCCCAUCAGACCCGGAACCUGGCCAGGAAUUCAGUCUGGACUGAGGCUGGCUUAAAGCAAAGUCACUUCUGAAUGCGUCUGCUUGGAACUCGAUGGAGGGGCAAACUUGUGGCACUGCCAGGGGUCCGUCUCUCCUCCCCCCGGCCUCGGGCCUUCCUUUCCCCUAAGUUCAUAGUUUUCUUUGGCUCCGGCCUUUUUGGUUCCUUCAUACAUGUGCAGAAGCCACACUGACGCUUGUCUCUUCUCAGGUGUUAAGUACACAGCUUUCUGGUGAUGCUCAGGCGGCCGCUGCUAGAGCCCUGGGGCCUCUUGUCACAGACUUGUCCAAACUCUCUGAGGCCUGGAGCAGCAGGAGCCCUGGUCCCACCAGGUGGCCAUGCAGGCCACUGUUACGUGCACUGGGAUUGGACUGCCGCGUACCAUUCCACUCCUGGCUCCAGGAGGCCUGCUGUCCCAGUGUCCCAGAAAAACCUGAGCUCUUAAUUUAGGAAAGAUAUGACAUUGGAGUCCCCAAAACUUAUUUCAUACAUUUGGGAAAAAAUGUUGGGAAAGACCUUUUCUAGCAGGGGUGAGGAAGGGAUAGAGGAUCCAUUCGAUCUUAUUUUUAAUAAAUAACAUCCUAGAAAGACGAA